CGCCGCGUUCAUUUGUUAACUCAUCACGUCGACCUCGUCCAUCUCGAGCGUUGUCGCGCCGUCAAGGAAGGCCUGGUACUGUAGCUCCGAACGUCGUAGUACUGUACUAGCGUUACUACCAGUGGACCCACAUCACCGUCCCCAUCAGCAGCUCCACCAGACGCCACACAUCAACACACAACCAUGAUGACCGACUCCAUCAUGAGGCGCGCCAAGGACGAGCGCGAGCGCAUCCUGCAGCAACAUCAACUCCUCCUCCCCGACAAGUACGAGCCGCUCAAAUCUAGACCAGCAUGCCACAUGUGCACCAAGACCUUUGGCACGUUCCGGCGGCGCGUCCACUGCCAGCUCUGCGGACAUGUCGUGUGCAAAAGCUGCACACUCGAGUACAUCGCUGAUGUGGCGGGAAAGAUCCUGGACACGCGCGUGUGUACUCUGUGCGACGCCAAGCUCGACGCCGACCACCGCCAACGCACGAGCUCCCGCGCGAUCGCCGGCGCGGUGCUCAACCUCGCGUCCAAGCCUCGCCCAAGUCCCAUGAUGACUCGAUCCACGUCCGAAGGACACACGCGCGUGUCGCAUCAUCGGACAUCGCCUGCGUCCACUCGCCCCAAACAACCGUCGACUUCAACCGAUGGCGACGUUUCGAAAAUGUCCACGCCCUACUUCUACGCGCUCGACUUCAACUGGUCGCAUGCGUGGCCGAAACCUCCGUUCAUUCCCCACGACAUGGAGCGGGUCAAGUCGUUAACGAACCUGCACGUGCGGCGGCACGACUUCAUGCUCAGCGCGGUCACGUUCGCGUGUGAAGUGUUCGACUCGCCCAUCGGCGGCGUCAGCUUCCUGGACGAGCACCAGCAGUGGUUCGCAUGCUCCCAAGGCCUCGCACAAGAGUUCAUUCCUCGGAUGGCAUCCAUCUGCGCGCACACGAUCGCGCUCGCGACUCCCAUGACGGUGCUCAACCUGCGGCAGGACAUUCGGUUUCGACAAAACCCGCUUGUCACGGGGCCAAAAUUGGGGUUUUACGCCGGGGCGCCGAUUUUGUCCCCAGAGGGACACGCCAUUGGUACGGUGUUUGUGAUGGAUAUGGCGCCCCGGGGCGCGUGCGAUUUGACAAAACUCGCAGUGUUCGCGCAAGUGGUGUCGGCCAAGCUCGCCGACGCCGCCAGUCCGGACCUGACGCUGCUCCGCACUGAGAGCUCGUCCUCCACGACGUCCCAGAUACAGUCACCCACGGAGUCCACGACGUCGCUCACGUGCCAGUCGAAUCAUCCCGCAGGUCGCGUGCUGGCGGCGUCGGAAGUGAUGCGUCCGACCGAUUGGGUGCCGUCGGCCCACCGCGUCUUUUGUCAAGUCUGCCAUAACCGGUUUUCUUUGUUUUUACGAAAACGCCAUUGCCGCGUCUGUGGCGAUGUCGUGUGCAAGAACUGCAUCACGCACACCCCCGUGGAAGGCUUGACAGAACCGUCGGCCGCCAAGAUGCGGGAGGUAGUCGUGUGCUUGGGAUGUGUGCACAAGCCCCGGAGUCGGUCGGCGUCGCGGCAGAAGGGAGGAAGUCGGACGGCUCCCGCGACGACGAUGGAGACCGACGACGACGAAGAAUGUGUCAGUGGUGCGGGCUCCGCGGAAGUAGAUGUGCCGACGCUAGGACGAAACCAGUCCUUUGACCUGGAUGAAUGUGGUGCGGCGUUCACGACCCACAGCCUCCGCGCGCCUCUUACCGCGGGUGGCGACAAGGGAGGUAUCGUCGGGACGAACGCGACCGACAUGCAGGCACCGCCUCAACCCAAGCAAGUCGACUAUACACCCACGGAAGUCCACUCGAUGCUCCUGCGACUGCUUCAUCAAUCCAACGACAUCCAGUCCCAACUCCAUGCCACCCAGCAUGCAGUUGCAGCGGGUACCCUUCGGCCGUAACUGUAAUGUAACCGUCAAAGUACGCUCACCUAAUGUUUAAAGCAUUUAAAAUACUGAACGUGUGAG